CUAAAAUAAAAGGCUGCCUUUGCCUGGCGAGCCUUCACAAAUAUUUUCGAAUUCGCUUUGCCGCCACUACAAUCUUCUCUUACCGCCUCCGGAUUCUUCAUCUACUGCUUUCAGGUCAGUCACUUCUUCGUCUUCGAUUUUUUUGUGACUUUUUUUGGAUGGAUAGCGACGACGAUUUCCAGUUACUUUCGUCUCCCGAGCUCGAUUCCCCUCUGGUUUCCGGGAGGAAGUUGAAGCGGUUGAAGAAGGGAAGUGCUGCUGUCUCCGAGGAUUUUCCGAGGGAUGAUCGAUUUACGGGUGGGGAGAUGGGGGAAUUUUCGAGGAUCGAUGAUCGGUUCGAUGAAAUGCGUGAAUUGAGUGCGAUGGAAUUUGAAGCGGAUGAUUCUGAUAACUUGAACGGCCAAGAUCUGGAGGACUCCGAUGAGCUUCAACAAUCGGGAUCUGGAUCGAGGGAUUUGGAUGAAGGUGGUGAUUUGGAACGUACUCUUGGUUUGGAUGGGGAGGAAAAUGAUUCUGGAGUGGAGAAGGCCUUGGAAUUUGAUGCUGUGGCAGGAGUUGAUGAAAAAGCUGAAGAUCAAAGUCUGGGCGUAGGAGAGGAAAGUGGGGGAGUGACGAUAGAUGAACUGGAGAAGAAACGGCCUAGUUUGGAUGCGUUCGAGGACGAGAGAGAAGCAAAGAGGAGGAAAUCUAUGAACAAACGGCUCAAGAGCAGUGGAGAGCCUGGAGAUUUCAACGAGACUGCGGUCUCCAAAAGAAUUCUCGAGAAGGAGAGAAGAGAAUACGUUGAGCAACUCCGCGCCGAGUCUCAGAGACUCUUGCGAGAUACUAGAGGAGCAGCAUUCAAGCCCAUGCCACUUGUUCGGAAGCCAAUAUCUUCAGUUUUGGAAAAGAUCCGUCUAAGGAAGCUUGAACUCUCUAGGAAAUCCACCAUUAUCGAGAACGCCAUUUUCGAUGACGACGAUGACGAUGGAUUCACAGAGGUCGUCAUCAAGCAUAGGUUAUCUGUAGAAGGGAGAUCAGAUUCUAUAGACAAAGAAUGCGAGGAUGUGGAUCAGGUUGCUGCAGAUGUGGAGGACCAAAAAGAUUCAUUGUGUAUAGAUGAACGAAGUAAUGGGAGAAACAUGCCCUCAGACAGGGAAAGGGCUACCGAUGCGAUUUCAGAAGCAUUUCGGUCUCCUGUUAAUGACACUCAGGAACUCUUUUCUGAUUCCCAAACAAGCAAUGGAGAUGAUAUAUCAGAUGAGAUGUCCAAAAAUCCUCUGCAAGAAAAUUUUACGCCAUCUGUAUUGGCUAUGAAUUUAAAGCUUGAAUCUGCACCUCUGGAUGAUGUGUUGGACGAGGCAUCCAGCAGUCGUCUGCAAGAAAAUUUCACGCCAUCCGUCUUGGCAAUGAAUUUGAGGCUUGAUUCUGCAGCCAUUGAUGAUGAAUCUGAUGAAGAAGAUAAUGACAAGGAGAAUGUUAAUCCACGCCCACAUGAUUCGUCAAAUUUGCCCUCAUCGGAGAGCGGGGAUCCUGUUAAAGCUUUUGUUGAUGAUGAAGCUGAGGAAGAAGAUGACAGUGACCAUGAUAUGCGCUUCCAAGAUGAGGAGGAAGACGAGGACUCGGAUUCAGAAGAGCUUAAAGAUAUGAUAGCAACUGCGUAUGAAGAAAAUCCAUUAGACAAUGAAAGACGUAACGAACUCCAUCAGAAGUGGCUUGAACAGCAAGAUGCUGCUGGAACAGAAGAUCUUCUGCAGAAGUUGAAAUGUGGCUCAAAUUUUAGCAAACCAGUUUUGCUGGAAGAUGAAAAUAACGAGGGAGAAAAUGAUGAUCUUGAAUUUUGUGAAACAGCUGAAGAAGAUUUACUUCCACUGAAUGUGGCUCGAAUGAACAUUAGAAAAGUGAAGCAAAUGCUUCCUCAAAUGUAUACAGAUGAGGAUGAUCAGUACAUGUCUGAUGACGAGGAAACAGAGAGGAGGCUAGCAAGAGAACUCAUAUUUGAUAAAGCUGAUGGAAAAUCCACAUUCCUGUCACCUGCUGAGGAUGAGAGCACCAAGCAAGUCUUUGGCCUUAUCAAAAAGCUGAAUGUUGUGCCUGAUGUCAAGAAGAGACCCAAAGCUCAAUCGUUUUCGGAUCCUAUACUGUCCGGUUUGGGCAAGAACACAUCUUCAAAGUCAUCUUUCUUAGGCCGAAGUUCAAAUUCAUCUCUUUCUUCAUCCCACAAGCAUGGAUCAUCAACCAACGGUCGUUCUUUUAUUUUUGGUCGGGACAAUAGUAAUAGCAGGAGUGCAAUUCCAACAAUGGAGGAAUCUUCUGGGGAGGGUCAGUGUGAGAAUAAACCAACAAGAGUUUCUUCAGCCAAGUUUAGUUACUCUCAAGUGAGACCGAGUGCACAGAACACGGCGCCCGAAACUAAAUCGGGCAGUUCAUUGUUUGAUAUAUUAAGGCAAUCUUCUUUGCAACUGCAACGCAAACCGUGCACUUUCGGUGAGGAGUCUACCCAAAUGAGCUCUGCAUUUGCGUCAUUCAAAUUGGAGAAGACGCACAUGAAGAAGCUAAUAAAGACUGAAGGCAGAUUCUAAUUCUCAAUGCAUUAUUUUGUUUCUGUUAGUGAUGUUUGAUGCCAACUCCGCUCAACGUUUCGUUGGGUGCUGACUUUCCCCACGUUUCUGCAAGUAAUCAAGAUUUUUGGAAGGCCACACAACAAAACCAAUUAGAAGGCAAA